AUGGAAUUUCUCCUGAACCUGAAGCUACAAACAGUAAUCGUGGAAUGUUUAAAAGAUGUUAAAUUUCUCUUCAUGUUCACGGAUGUUUCACUAGGAAUGCAUCCUAUAAUCAAUCGUAUUUCUACAAGUAAGUACUGA